AUGCUCUACUCGACCUUCGUAUCUGCCGCCGUUCUCGCUCUGUUGCAGGUCCCUAUUGUUGGCGCAAUCCCUACCAUUCAUGUUGCAGACAAGAGUGCUCUCAGGAGUUCCAGCCCUAAUGGCCCCAAACCCGUCGCUGGUUACGGUAUCGAAGACAUCACCUGGGAGAUCUCGACUGGCCCCGGCACCGCCGUCAACAUCACGGGCACUGUUCAGCAGGUGAUGCAAUACGUUUUGGAAAACAACAUUACACUCAACAAAAGUGUCGAUGCUUCAUCACCAAGCAUGCGCCCCGAAGCUCGGCAAAUUGAUCUUCGUGAGGUGCAAUGCCUGAACAGUAUUGACGACGCGAAGGUUGAGGCCAAGGUACCCUACAUCAAGAUAGGCAUCAAGUACCUCCGCGGCGUCCCGGGCAAGCCGGCCAACGGUCCCGGACCGGGGAAUUGCGGGCGCGUCAGCUGCUGGGGCGAAUCCGCCAUAUACUGGUGCAACGAUAACGCAGAGACAAAGGAACUCGAGAGCUAUAGCAGCAUUGCUGAUGGCGCUCAAGCUGUCCUUGACGGCUGUCCCAGUGUUUUUGAUGUUGAACUUGGUUUCUUUUGGACCAUGGGUCGCGCUGUCAUGAAUGACGGUUGGAGUGUCCUCGUUCGGGAGCCUUAUGAUGGCUCUUGCCCUGGUCCAUGA